AUGCUGUCGUCCGGCCGCAGCGCAUCGUCGCUCUUGCUCGUGGCGCUCCUCGCCUCGCCGCUGGCCACGCUCGCUGCAAAGGUCCUCACUCCCGAGCGCCUCAUCCAGGCUCCCCGCACCGCCUUUUCCGCCGCCUCGCCCAACUCGGCCUCGGCCCUCUACGGCGUCUCGACCUACGACCUCGAAAAGCACGCUAAGCGCCAGGUCCUCUACGCCCUCGACCUCCCCUCGCACAGCUCGACCCAGCGCGCCGACCCCGUCGAGGUCGUCUACAACACCACCGAGGGUCUCUACCUCGCAGACGCAGAGGUCGCCUUCCUGAUCGACAAUGUACUCUACGCAAAGAACCUUACCGCCGGCACCCCCGACCCGCUCGACCCCGGCUACCGCAUCGGCGCCUUUCCCGCCCCCGUCUCCAACCUCCAGGUGGUCCGCCAGUCCGAGACCGAAGCCGUCCUCGUCUUCAGCGCAGAGGUCUACGACGACGGCGUCCUCGCCAACGUCAAGGCCCACGACGCCUCGGACAGGGAGCAGGAGUGGAACCGGGUCAAGGCCUACGAUUCCGACUUUGUCCGCCACUGGGACACCUGGGUCAACCCGCGCAAGCGCUCCCAGCUCUUCUCGGUCGACCUCAGCCGCAAAAAGGACAACUUUGUCACCAGCUGGCACUUUGACAGCGACUUCCGCAACCUCAUGCCCGACACCAAGCUCGAGGCUCCCGUCAAGCCCUUCGGUGGCGCAGACGACUUUGCCGUGUCCGACCGCUUCGUCGCUUGGACCUCCAAGGAUCCCGAGCUGCCGCCGGCGUGGCACACCAAGCAGAACAUCUACAUCGCCCCGCUCAAGGGAGGUGCGCCCCCUCGCCGCAUCUCGUCGGGCGAGCACGGCUGGGCGGGCGCCCCUGCCUUUUCGCCCGACGGCGAGACGCUCGCCUGGCUCCAGAUGCGCAAGGACGGCUUCGAGUCGGACCGCCGCAUCCUCCAGCUCUACACGCUCAACUCGGACACCCAGGACGAGCUGUUCGGGUCCUGGGACCAGAGCCCGUCGUCGGUCCAGUUCUCCAAGGACGGCUCCCAGCUCUGGAUCCUGUCCGAGGACGACGAGCAGCACAAGGUCUACCGCGCCAGCAUUAGGCGCAAACACUCGACCGGCGGCUGGAAAGCGUCGCACGCGGAGCCCGACGAGGUCGUCGGUCAGGGCGGUGUCUCGUCGGUCGCCGAGCUCGCUGGCGGCCGGCUCCUGGUGGCCGCCUCGUCGCUCACUUCGCCCACCGAGCUCUACCUCGUUGACGCUGGCAAGGGGCGCAAGCAGCCGCGCCAGCUGACCACCAUCGCCGCCGACAGCCACGCUCUGUCCAAGGUCGACUUCGGCCCCGAGCCCGAGCAGUUCACCUUUGCCGGGUCCGAGGGCGUCACGCGCCACGGCUGGAUCGUCCGGCCCCCGGGCUUUGACGAGAACCGCGAGAACGGGUACCCGGUCGCGGUGCUGAUCCACGGAGGACCCGAGGGUUCGUGGGCCAACAGCUGGUCGACGCGCUGGAACCCGGCCGUGUUUGCGGCGCAGGGCUUCAUUGUCGUCACCAUCGACCCCUCGGGCUCGACGGGCUACGGCCAGGAGUACACGGAAGCCAUCCUCGGAAACUGGGGCGGCCGCCCCUACUACGACAUCCGCGCCGGCGUCCACUACGUGCUCGACACGGUCCCCGCCGCCGACGCCGACCGCGUCGUCGCAGCGGGCGCCAGCUACGGAGGCUACAUGAUCAACUGGAUUCAAGGCCACAAUGAUCCGUGCAGCAGCAGCCGGGGCGGCGAGGGCGACGGGCUGGCGGGGGACAAGUGCUUCGACUUCAAGGCGCUGGUGUGCCACGACGGCGUGUUUAGCACGGCGUCGACGUGGUACUCGACCGACGAGCUCUACUUCCCCGAGGCCGAGUUUGGCGGCACGCCCUGGAGCAACCCGGCGGGCUUUGCGCGCUGGUCGCCGUCGAACCACGCGGCCAACUGGAACACGCCGCAGCUCGUCAUCCACGGCGGACGCGACUACCGGCUGACGGAGAGCGAAGGCCUGAGCGCCUUCAACACGCUGCAACGACGCGGCGUGCCCAGCCGGCUGCUCUACUUCCCCGACGAGAACCACUGGGUGCUCAAGCCCGAAAACUCGCUGCGAUGGCACCACGAGGUGAUUGCGUGGCUCAAGAAGUGGUCCGACAAGGGCGACGUCGUCACCGCUGCCGCCCCUGCUGCCGCCCCUGCCGCUACCGUCGAGAAGCCGGGCCUCGUCUUCCAGAAGUAG